AUGGCGUCUUCAUCCACUCCUGUGGUCGGAACACCUAUGGGCGUCUUGAGUCUGCUAUCCAAACUGAACCAAGAUGAUCCAGAUCUCCGAUUCAUGGCCCUAAACGAUGUCUACCAAAUCUUCCAAACCGCACCCACGCAGUUCUUCGCAGUAGAGCCAAACGCAUGCCUCAAGAUCAAUGAUGCGAUCAUCAAAGCCCUCAAUGACACUCGAGGGGAUGUCCAAAACAUGGCCAUCAAGUGCCUGGAGCCAUAUGUUAAGAAGGUCGGAGAAUCUGUCCUCUCCCCGCUCCUGGAGAAGCUAUCGGCACUCCAAAUGAAGGACGAGAUGGACAACGCAAUUCCGGGUCUUGCACUGCGCGCCAUUGUCGUUUCCCUUCCACGACCGACUUCGGGCGUCUCUGUUUCGACCCACGGAGCAAUGGCAUACGCAGCAAUCAGCAAAGCGCUCAUCCCACGAUUAGUGGGCGCAUAUGUUGUGACACGUCACUUCAAACCGACCGCCCAACUCCCUAAACUGGGCCCCGGCCUUCUCUCCAUGGAGCCUCGCACAAUCAUUGACAGCAAUAUCCUAGACGUUCUCGUAGAGGUUGCAAGGUGUUUUGGACCUUUGCUUCAACCGGAGGAACUCAAGGCGCUGUCGGACACUUCGCUAGCGAUCAUCGAGCAUCCGCGAGCCAAUUCGAUUUUCCGAAAGAAAGCCGUCACCGCCAUUUCAGCAGUAUCCGUCUAUUUUUCCGAUGCUCUCCUUAGCGACCUCAUGUCCAAGGUCAUGGAGAGACUAGGUGAUGUGCAUUUAGACAAUCCGAGGAGGAAGGCCUAUAUCACAAUCCUCGGCUCCCUUGCGCGUUCCAUACCGCGCAAGUUCGGCCCGCAUCUACAUGCAUUGGCGCAGUUUGUAUUCUCUACUAUCGGUGAUUUCAACCCCCAGGCCGGCAUCGAUGACUCUCAGGACUUUGAAGAGCGGGACCCCGAAGAGGACGAAGUGCGUGAAGCUGCGUUGGUUGCCAUUGAAAGCUUUGUGGCGUGCUGUAGCGAAGACAUGACCGAAUAUAUGGACGAGUCCUUGGAAGCAGGGCUCCGGUUUCUCAAGUUUGAUCCUAACCUGGUCGACUAUGACGACGGGAAUGACGACGCAGAGGACUUCAAUGCAGACGAUGAUGACGAGUUCGAAAGCGACGACGAAUUCGAUGAUGAAGAUGACAAUGCCUGGAAACUUAGACGAUGCGCGGCCAAGCUUCUCCAUGCCAUGGUUCAGAUGCGGAGCCAAGACCUACUCGAGGCCGGCGCUUUGUACGAUCGGAUCGCUCCGGAGCUUCUCAAUCGCUUCAAAGAGAAGGAUCAGAGCGUGUUGCUAGAGGUCCUGGAUGCGCUGUCGUUGCUUGUACGGAAAACUGGGCAGCUCGCCGCUGGGCCAUCAUUCGCCACUUCACUUGCGGGUGGGGACAUCACAAAGAUUCCAGUCAGUCGCAAGCGCCGUCGAGGUGGGAGUGACACCACCAUGGCAGACUCUCCAAUGCCUUCUUCCAAAGGAGGAGCAUCUCCGGAGCCUGGAUCAACCCACACCGCUCCCUUGGUCGGCCUGACGAAAAUUGGCCCGGAACUGGUCCAGAAAUCUUGCGACCUCACCAAACGUGGUUCUAUGGCCACCAAGGAAGCAUCGCUGCUACUGCUGAAAGAUUUGAUUUCCGUGCAGCGUGGAGGUCUUGGUUCGGAAUUCAAACAUGUCCUCGACAUUGCCACCGCCGCAGUCAACACAUCGGGAAUCGAGAAAGGCUCCAGUCUGCAAGCCACCGCGCUGCUGCUCCUGAAAGUCAUUGCCGAAACCCACUCAGGAAAAGCACUCCAGCCGUAUUCUAACCAAACGCUUCCCGCCAUUGAGUCGGCUGUCACCGACCGAAACACGAAGGUUGCCAUUCAAGCCCUUCGUACGCUGGAGCAAUUCGUCAAAGCCUUGCUACCUCUCGACUCCGCGUCCGCUUUGGUGACUUCAGAGCAGUUGGACAAAUUGUACGAUGUCGUUUUCACGCAGAUCAAUGCUACUGGCGUCGACACCGAUGUUAAGCGACAGGCAUUGCAUUGCUUGGGUAUGGUUCUUGGCCAUGCGUCAGCAACCAGCGCGCCAUUGAGCCCGCAGAAGCAUUCACAAGGAUUGGUACUGCUAUCAGACCGAUUGAAGAACGAAGUUAUGCGCCUUUCAGCAGUGGAUGCUAUCGAGGAGCUUGCAAAACUUGCGGCUUCCAGUGAAGCUUUCCCGCCGCAGUGGUUGGACACCGUAUCCCUUGAACUCGGAGCACAGUUCCGCAAGGCUAGCCGAGCUCUCCGAGCAAGCAGCUUGAGUGCGCUUCAGGCUCUCGUCAGUAACCCGGCAAUUCGCACCUUAUAUGGCAACAAUCCCGCCGUGGUGGGACAGCUCAGUGAGGCUCUCAUCCCACUACUAAAACCCACUGAUCUCCACGUUCUCACUCUCGCCCUUCAUAUCCUGGCCCGUUUUGUUCGAGUUGAUGGGGAAACUGUUGUGGGCACGAAGAGCUUCAUCCCUGAAUUCUGCUCGCUCCUCUACUCUCAACAGCAUAUGGUCGGGCCCGCUCUCUCUGCCCUUCUCGACCUUAGUAAGAGCAUUGCGGAGGCCCGUGUCGGAGACAGCUUGUUUCAAACCAUCCUUCAACAAGUUGGCACACACGGCGAAACCCUCGUGGUUGGGAAGGUGCUGGCGAAUUUGAUCGUGUUCAGCGGAACGAAUCCCGAUGAAGGAUUGAGGCCGUUCAUUUCGGAAUUAGAGACAUCUCAAGCGGAUGGUUCUCGACGUCUAGCGCUGGUCAUACUUGGGGAAUCGGGAUUCUUGCUAGGAGCAAAAUCUCCUCUGAAGCCGUCAUCGUUCACUCCUUACUUUUCCGUGCGAGGAGAGAAAGUUCCACUCACGGCUGCUAUCGCCAUGGGACGAGCGGGCGCGAAGCACGUUUCAGAAUUCCUUCCAGUCAUUCUCGAUGGCAUGAAGGAGGGUUCGUCAUACCUGGCCCUCCAUUCGAUCCGGGAAAUCCUCUCCCAUCCUGGCACCGAAUCCGAUAUUCUUCCUUAUGCGGAUACGCUUUGGGAGAAAUUGACAACUGCCUCCGCGGUGGAGGACAACCGUGCCGUUGGCGCCGAGUGCAUUGGCCGUCUGGCAGUACUUGACUCCAAGACUUAUCUCCCGCAGCUCCAGGCAUUCCUCGAAAACCCCGUUGCUAACAUUCGAGGCAUGGUCAUCUCGGCACUUCGAUUCACCUUUGCUGACAGUGACGAAACCUAUGAUGACACUCUUCGCCAGAUGGUAAUUGAUAUGCUCAUUACGAUGCUUAACGAGGAGAACCUGGAGAAUCGCCGACUUGCGUUCACGACACUUACAUCGGCCGUGAAGAACAAGCCUGAUCUGGUCAUGCAAUGUCUAGAGCAAAUUCUCCCCUUAGUCAUGCGGGAAACUAAGGUCAACCCUAAACUGAUCCGCGAAGUAAAGAUGGGUCCCUUUACGCACAAGGUGGAUGACGGCAUGGAGAUUCGGAAGUCGGCGUACGAAACGCUUUAUGAACUUCUUUAUAGCUCACGGGUGUCAACUGCGGGGGUUACCGAAAACAGUUCCGGCAGUAAUACUCUACCGUCGACCCAAACGUCACUGCUCCUCAAGUACACUAGCAUAUUGCUUCCGACGCUACUUGAUGGCCUCAAGGAUGCGCAUGACAUCCGUCUGCUUUGCUUCCUUAUGUUAAGCAAGCUCCUCACUCUUUCUCCGGACACCGUCCACGCUCAUCUCAAUGACCUCGCCGCGGCGUCUACCUUGAUCAUGUCACAAAAACUCAAGGAGAACCCAGUCAAACAAGAGGUCGAACGAGUCGAGGAGGAACGCCGUGCCACGGCACGAUUGGGGUACGAAAUAUCACGGCUCUGGCCGGCGGAAGUGGCCGGCAUGUCCGUUGUCAUCGGAAGGGAAGGGAAGGAUGGAUUGGGUGGCGGGCGCGAUGAGGAUCCAGUGGCCUUGUACAAAGGUCCCGACGAAGGUGGCUGGAGAGCAUAUUGGGCCUGGGUGCGCAGGCACUGGGGUAGUGUCCUGAAGGCGGUGGAGGAUGAGCGAGGUGAUAGGGAUCGGUGA